CGCCGGUUUUCAACGCAAACACAACUUCACCAUGGUUACUCAAACACAGGAAGUCCAGCAGUGGCACACAUUCGAAGAUGGCUUCGACAACCUCACUCGUGGCACUGCGCCCAUGCCUACUCCGGGCCAGGAUGAAGUGUUGGUCAAGAUCAAGGCUGUUUCUCUUAACUACCGUGAUACGGAGGUAACCAACGGCGAGUACAACCACUACGAAGCCUACUCCAGGCGUACCACCCCCCUCGUCCCCUGCUCCGACGCCCUCGGCAUUAUCACCGCCGUUGCCCCCCCCGGCCCCGGCGCCUCUGAAGCCCCCUGGAAAGUAGGCGACCGCGUCCUCUCCACCUUCUGCCAAUCCCACCUCACCGGCCAAAUCACCGCCAAGGACCUGGCCUCGGCGCUCGGAAAGCCUCUCGACGGCGUGUUGCAGACCUACCGCGUAUUUCCCUCCACCGGCCUCGUCCGGGUUCCCGAGUACCUGACCGACGAAGAGGCCAGUUGCCUGCCGAUUGCCGCCGUGACAGCUUGGAUGGCCAUUUUCGGGAUGGAGCCCUUUGGCACCUGGGCCAAGGCAGAUGAUGGGAAGCCGUUGCAGGGCAAAACGGUGCUACUGGAGGGAACGGGCGGCGUGGCUAUUGCAGGACUGCAGAUUGCUAAAGCGGCCGGGGCGCGGACCAUCAUCACGAGUUCGAGCGACGAGAAGCUGCGCAGGGCCAAGGAGGAGUUGGGCGCCGAUCAUGUGAUUAACUAUAAGACGACGCCCGACUGGGAGAAGAAGGUGAUGGAGAUUACGGGAGAGAACGACGGGGCGGAUAUCAUUCUCGAGACGGGCGGGGCGGGAACGCUGUAUAAGGCGCUGGAUUGCAUUGCGUUUGGCGGGCUGAUCUCUUGCAUUGGGUAUACGGCUGGUAAGGAAGACAGUGGUGAGGGGAGCAGGAUGAAUGUGAACGUGUUGGCACUGAGAAGGACUGUGACACUCAAGGGAAUUAUUAAUGGUCCUAGGGACCGAUUUGAGGAGAUGUGCGAGUUCUAUCAGAGGCAUGAAAUUAGGCCAGUGGUGGAUAAGGUGUUUGAGUUCGAGGAGGGGAAGGAGGCGAUCAAGUACUUGAGGAGCGGAAAUCACUUUGGUAAGGUGGUUGUUAAGGUCGAGUAGAAAAGGUCGAUUGAGGGAUGUUGUACCAUAGCGAUGUGAGGUUGCGAGAGGGUCCUAGUAUAGGUGCCGAAAGAGUUUUACAUUUAUUCCUG